CUACCUUGUUGACAAAAUGACCGAGCGGCGCAGAUUACUGUUCGAUUUUGAGAAGAGCGCGUCUCCCUCCCCGCUUUCGCCCAAUGACAUGGCAGGCAUAUGCCCGGUACCCGCGGCUUAGCAUAAUCGAAUCUGCCCAUUGUGAGCUUGAAAUGACAACAGCUAGCUACGAGGAAGUGAAAGCGGGUAUAUUUAAAACCAAACCUUUGCUUUUGGAGGAACAUAGACUGAGAACGUCCACAGAACGACAAUCUAAGAGAAAGCUGUCAGAUUGGUGUAAUUGUUGACAAACAAGGAUGUUAGUCCUGCUGUACUUCCUCUUUACCUUCGCCUCAUUGGCUGCUUCAGUGGGGCAGACAGGAAGUGGAAAAGGAUGUGAGGCGGGCGCUGCGGCCCCCAUUCCGGUGCUGCUGGUGUCGUUUGAUGGUUUCAGAGCCGACUACCUUCAACGGUUCCCUCUACCCAACCUAAAGCAGCUGUACUCGCAGGGAGUUCUGGUGGAACAGAUUACUAAUGUCUUCAUCACCAAGACCUUCCCUAACCACUACAGCCUGGUGACAGGUCUGUAUGCAGAGUCUCAUGGCGUCGUAGCUAGCAAUAUGUAUGACCACGUGACUCAGAAGCAUUUCACUACCUUCAACGACACCGACCCUUUCUGGUGGAACGAAGCCGCACCCCUCUGGGUCACUGCACUGGAUUGUGGGUACAAGACGGGCGUGGCCAUGUGGCCGGGGUCAGACGUGCCGAUCAGGAACAGAACAGCGACUCACUUCAUGCCCUACAACCCCUCCGUGACCUUUAGUCAACGCCUGGCCAAUGUCACUCACUGGCUGACUGGGGGCCAGGGUAAUGGGGAGGGGCCAGUAUCGUUUGCAGCUCUGUACUGGGAGGAGCCAGACAGGACAGGUCACAAAUAUGGACCAGACAACACCACCCACAUAGGACAGGCUCUUAAAGAGGUAGAUGACAAUGUGGGUCUGCUGAUGUCAGAGCUGAAGCAUGCAGGGUUGUGGGGGCAUGUCAACGUCAUAAUCACCAGCGACCACGGAAUGGCCCAGUGUUCUGCUGAUCGCAUCAUCAGACUGGAUGACUGUCUGCACCCUGACAACUACUCAGUAAUAGACCUAACCCCUAUCGCUGCUAUCAUACCCAACGGAGACCCCGAGGCUGUGUUUUCCCUUCUGAGUGGUUGCCAUACCCACAUGACUGCGUACCUGAAGAAGGACAUUCCUGAUAGGCUGCACUACAGGAACAAUGACAGGAUUCAACCAAUCAUAUUAGUCGCUGACGAGGGAUGGACUAUCGUACAGAGAGGAGGGCUACCACGUCUGGGAGACCACGGCUAUGACAACACUCUACCCAGCAUGCACCCCUUCCUGGUGGCAGUGGGCCCAGGUUUCCUUCCUGGUUACCGUCUCCCGCUGUUACAGAGUGUUGAUGUCUACCCAAUAAUGUGUCAGCUGCUAGGGGUGCCACCAGCGCCAAACAACGGAUCUCUGUCCCAGGCACGCUGCUUCCUGGCUGGGGAGGACUGUGUUGACAUCCCCCUGGUGGUGGGACUGGUGUUGGGGGUACUGCUGGUUCUCAUCACACUCACUGGACUGUUCAUGUUGUGGAGGCCACGGCGUCAGUCAUCCUCUCGUCCCUUCCAACGCCUCUCAAUACAGGACGAUGAUGAUGACGACCCUCUGCUGGACUAGAGUAAUCAGCUCCCAGCUUUACUAGACUGAACAACCACAGAUCAGUACGUCAUAUCACAUCCAACCAGAGAUCAUCACCACCACGCUCCCAACAACCAAUCGGUACUCUGGUCAAACGUUUUUCACUAAAUAGGGAAGAGAGUGUCAUUUCAGACACAGCCAUACUCUGUUUUAAGACUAAACAGAGCGGUUGUCAGAUUUCAGAUUCACACACUCCUCUUUCUCUGUGGUACCAUACUUAUGGCGUAUUCAAAUAAAUGCAUGAACUAUAAAUAAACAAAUAUUGAACCAUAAAUAGAUAAUAAGACACCAAAGGGAACAGUUAUUUGGUAGAAACAAACUGGGGUUACUUGAAUAUGUAUAUAUACAGAGAAGCCACCUAUAAUGAUAUAACAUGUUAUAUAUGUGAAGAAAUGCUCUGUUAAUUUGUAAAGAUUUGCAAGACAAUCAUAAAAAGAAGAAUACAUUUUUAUGUUUGCUAAAAGAGAUUCUAGUAAAGGGAGGUAAAUCUGAAUAUUGAAGAGUAUAUUUCAUAAGAGUACUGCUAUAUUGCAGUAGUAUAUUGCAGUAGUAGUUAUUGUUUGAACAGCAGUCAUGCUGUAAAGUUGUUAUAUAGGUUUUAUUAAGGGUUUUAUUAGAUAAUCUGUAGACUACUAAGCCAGGGAGUGGUGUUUCUGUUGAUGGUGUUUGUUAGUCAGUUUAUUUGAUUAUAUUUAGUAGUGUGUGUUUGCUGAGCUAAGCUAUAGCACAAUAUGGUUUCCUGUAGUGUUAAGGAGACCUGCUAUACUGUUAGAUUCAUGGUCAGGGGCCUCAUUUAUAAACGUACAAAGUAUACCCCAAAACAUGCAUGCGCCAUUUACUUUUAAAUUGUUUCAAAUAUACAAUCAACCUUGCAGAAUGCAUGGACAGUGUAUGGCAUGUUUAUUUAGAAAAAGUCAAAACGUUCUGCCCACACCUCUACAGAAAUGUGAUAAAAUUAGCCAUUACUCUUUCUUUUAGAAACUGUCGUGGCCUAAUUCCAAUAGUUACUCUUUCUUUUAGAAACUGUCGUGGCCUAAUUCCAAUAGUUCCAAAUUAUACAGCAUAUAAAGGGCGUUAUUGUCACCAUAAAUGGUGAAUGGCGGUGUUAUAAUGCUCGUUCACGCACGCACAGUUUUAGGAUGGUUCGGAUUUAUAACGGGACAUAUGCGUGUGUAUGGUGUGCACCAAGUUUAUAAAUCUCUAUAUUUUUAGACAUAUUAUUUUUUUAAAUAGCGCAUGCAGAUAGUUUUACAUUUACGCAGCGGUUAUGAAUGAGGCCCCAGGUCCUUUAUCUGAAAAUAAGUUAUUGAAGAAGAACUUUACUUAUGGCUUCUGUUUAAGUUUCUGAUUAUCUCUUCAAGCUACAGUGUGUGUGCGUGUGUGUCGGCUGAGAAAGGGUGUCCAAUGUCUUUUUAUUAUCCUUUAAAAUAUUUUUAUGCGCUCCAUGUUUAUUUUGCACCUUUUCGUUUGUGUGUGUGGUUUGUUUCCAGAGAGCUCUGAUCUUCCAUUAUUAAAUGAUUGUAGUUGUGUAGAGAAGUCGAAGAUCUGCUGUCACUAUGGGUACUAUACCAUAGUUACUAUGUUUGCAGUACUAUUAUUACUGUACUGUAACUAUGCUGUUACUAUGGUUACUGUAUUGUUACUAUGCGAACCAGUUGAUGUCCCGCCUCCAGGUGGCUACUGAAUUGGUCCUCUGUGUGUUUCUGCUCAUAUUGUCAUUGAAUGACACAUAAAAGUAUAAAGUGUCCACAUUGUAUCAUUAUUUUUCAAAAUGCUUAGAUUCCACCCCCACCCACUAUGUCUUCCCCCUACCUAUGCUUAAUCAUUACACUUGAAUGUAUAAUUGACAGGUGUGUGUCUAGCUAGGUUUCCAUCCAGUUGGUGACAGAUUUUCAUGCAAAUAUUGUAAAAUCUGCAUAAAACAAUAUGCACAUUUUCCCACCAGAGAUGUGUUUUCAUCAAACGGACUUAUUGCUGAUAAAAGGAUGUGCGUGAUGACGUAGUGCACAUAAAAAUAAUUCCCAUGCACCUAAUAAAAAAUACAAGUUAAAUGGGUUUCCAUCUGCUGUUACUGUCAUAGGCUACUGGUCUUUUUCCUUUCAAGCAUGGUUUUGUUUGCUAUUGAAUGAGUGAUGGAUAAAUGGUAGCCUAAUAGUUGUUGUGUAGAGGUAAUAAACCAGUCAUGUCAGAAAAAGAGAGAAAUGCCCUGAAAUAUGAUUGAUUUAGGCCUAUAUAAUAAAAGUAAAAUAAAAAUAUUAGGCAACGUGCUGCUAUGUGAUCUUCUUACCAACGGCAAAGGCAUCUGGUUUUCAUUAGGCCUACAUUUUAAUGAUUUUAUUAGCCUACCAUUAUUAUAAUUCCCAUGCAUCAAACACCUCCAUUUACCCCAAAAUAACAAUAUUUGCUUGCAAUACAGUUGAUCAACCACUAGAAGUUGUGCAUAUGCAAUUUGUAAGAUUUGCAUGGAGUUAUGCACACUUUCCCAUCAAGUUCAAAAUGGAUAAAUUAGAUACAUUUAGAUAAAUAAGGCCCCAGGAAACAACACACGUUGGAAAAUGAAUUGUUUUUUUUAAAUCUUCAAUUCAGUCACAACAUAAUGUAUUAAAAUGGAAAGAUACAAAAUGUUAGUAGAUACUGACUCAUGUAACAUUUGUAUAUUGUUCAGAUUAAACUAUAUGUUUUAAAAUA